AUUGUCGGAAAUCAGCGGAAUCAGUUUUGUUUUUAUUGUUAUCUUGAGUACCUAAAAUAGACUUUUUCGAUAAGUUCUGAUAAUUUUGGCAAAAAACUUAAUUUUAAUUAAUCAUUAACCGCGUGCGACCUCCAGUGUGUAGUGCUGCGGAAAAUAAAGCAAUUUUUCUGCUCCUGCAUUAACCAUGGCUGCUUCGAACCCUUACAAUAAAUUGCUGAAAACUCUUAACGUCAAUGGCAAGGAGUACCAGUACUAUGACAUUCCUGCUUUGGGAGAAAAAUAUGGUCGCCUACCCUAUUCUAUCAGAGUUCUGCUGGAAUCAGCCCUUAGGAAUUGUGACAAUUUCUCCAUAAAAGAGCAAGAUGUGCAGAACAUUUAUAAUUGGGAAACCAAUCAGGCUGUAGAAGGAGGGAUUGAGGUGCCCUUUAAACCUGCUAGGGUCAUUUUACAAGAUCUUACUGGGGUGCCUGCUGUAGUAGAUAUUGCUGCCAUGAGAGGUGCGGUGAAGGAAUUGGGUGGAGAUCCAGAUAAAAUCAACCCUAUUUGCCCAACUGAUUUGGUGAUUGAUCAUUCUGUGCAGGUUGACUUUGUUCGAUCCUCCGAUGCAUUGCAAAAAAAUCAAGACCUAGAAUUUGAGAGAAACAAGGAAAGAUUUAUGUUUCUCAAAUGGGGUGCAACAGCCUUUGACAACAUGCUAAUAGUACCACCUGGCAGUGGAAUUGUGCAUCAAGUGAAUUUAGAAUAUUUGGCCAGAGUUGUAUUUACGGGGAAAGACAAGCCGAUCCUUUACCCUGAUACUGUUGUUGGUACUGACUCCCACACCACCAUGAUCAACGGUUUGGGAGUGGUGGGAUGGGGGGUAGGAGGUAUUGAGGCCGAAGCGGUCAUGUUGGGACAGUCAAUUUCCAUGCUUUUACCUCAAGUUGUAGGAUAUCGGUUGUAUGGAACUCUGGGACAAUAUGUUACUUCGACUGAUUUGGUUCUUACCAUAACUAAGCAUUUAAGGCAGCUUGGGGUUGUAGGAAAAUUCGUAGAAUUCUACGGCCCAGGAGUAGAUGCCCUAUCUAUAGCUGACAGAGCAACCAUUUCUAACAUGUGUCCCGAAUAUGGCGCCACCGUCGCUUUCUUUCCUGUAGAUGAAAAUUCUUUAUCUUAUUUAAAACAAACCAAUCGUCCCCAAGAACAAGUGGACGUGAUCGAGGCUUACCUCAAAGCGACCAAACAACUGAGAAGCUUCAAUGCUGAAGAAAACGAGUCGAUGUUUAGCCAAACUGUCAGUCUCGAUCUGUCAACCGUCGUGUCGUCUGUCAGCGGUCCUAAAAGACCCAAUGAUAGGGUGUCAGUUAGCGAAAUGAAGACUGAUUUUUUGAAUUGCCUCACCAAUAAGGUGGGUUUCAAAGGAUUCGGCCUCUCCGAAGAUAAGCUGGCUACAAAGGCCAAAUUCAUGUUCAAUGGUAAACAAUACACCAUUGGGCAUGGAGCCGUUAUCAUUGCUGCUAUUACUUCGUGUACCAAUACCAGCAACCCUAGCGUCAUGUUGGGAGCUGGCAUGCUUGCUAAAAAUGCCGUAGCUGCCGGAUUAACGGUGGAACCUUACAUAAAAACCAGUCUUUCUCCUGGUUCUGGUGUAGUUACUUACUAUCUGAAAUCAUCAGGUGUGAUUCCCGCUUUAGAAAAAUUAGGUUUUGAUGUUGUCGGUUACGGUUGUAUGACUUGUAUUGGGAACAGCGGAGGUCUUGACGAGAAUAUCGUGAACGCCAUAGAGUCGAAUGACUUGGUGUGUUGUGGAGUAUUAUCUGGAAAUCGUAAUUUUGAAGGUAGAAUUCACCCUAAUACAAGAGCCAAUUACCUCGCGAGUCCAUUGCUGGUUAUUGCCUACGCCAUUGCCGGCAGGGUAGAUAUUGAUUUUGAAAAGGAACCUUUAGGUAAAAAAUCUGACGGCACUCUUGUUUUCUUGAGAGACAUUUGGCCAACCAGAGCAGAGAUCCAGGAAGUUGAAAAACAGUUCGUCAUUCCAGCCAUGUUUAAAGAAGUCUAUGCUAAAAUUGAAAGCGGCUCACAGCAAUGGCAAAGUCUAAAUGCACCAGCCGGUAAACUGUACCCAUGGUCAUCCGAAUCAACUUACAUUAAAAAACCACCAUUUUUCGAUGGAAUGUCACGAGAAUUGCCCCCUGCCAGAAACAUCAAGGGCGCAAGGGUUCUGUUAAACUUGGGUGACUCUGUUACCACGGACCACAUCAGCCCUGCUGGUUCUAUAGGGCGCACGAGCCCUGCAGCCAGAUAUUUGGCUUCCAAAGGACUAACCCCAAGAGAAUUCAACUCCUAUGGAUCCAGAAGGGGUAACGACGCCAUUAUGGCUAGAGGCACAUUCGCCAAUAUACGUUUAGUGAACAAAUUUAUGUCCAAACCGGGGCCCAAAACCAUUUAUUUUCCCACAAACGAGGAGAUGGAUAUUUUCGAUGCAGCACAACGUUACAUUGCCGACAACACACCUCUGAUUAUCUUGGCCGGCAAAGAUUACGGAUCCGGAUCCAGUAGAGAUUGGGCCGCCAAAGGCCCGAUGUUGUUGGGUAUAAGAGCAGUGAUAGCAGAAUCGUUUGAGAGAAUCCAUCGUUCAAAUUUGGUAGGGAUGGGGUUGGUACCUCUGCAGUUUUUACCCGGUCAAAAUCCAGAGAGUCUCGGACUGAGUGGAAAGGAACAUUUCGAUAUUGAUUUACCAGAUAAUUUGAGACCUGGGCAAAAAAUUAAGGUAACGACCGAUUCAGGAAAGUCGUUUGACGUGAUUCUCCGUUUUGACACUGAGGUGGACUUGUUGUUUUACAAACACGGUGGAAUCUUGAACUACAUGGUUAGGAAAAUGUUAAGUUAAAAAGAUAUUUCCGAUUUACAAUUCUUUUUUUUUGGUACUUAGGUUUUAAAAAUUGACUUUUUUUGUUAUUGUGACAAGCAUUUACAAAAGUUAUGUAAUGUUUUUUUUUGUUGAUUUAAAUGUUGGGUUUAAACUAUAUAAAUUAUAUAUUUUAGGCAGUGAUGGUUA